UAUAGACGUGUCGUACGUCAAAAACAGUGAAUGUACAUAGGACAAAAUUUUUUAUUACAAUUUACUUCUUAUAUAUUUGGUAAAUUCUUUAAUAGUCAUCUUAUGACGUAUGUUUUAUGAUAAUACGUUUAUUGUACUAUUUAUUGUUGAAAUCUCAACUAUAUUAAAACUUGAAAAUCUAAAAUAACUCUUUUUAUGCGCACAGUGUUCCAUACUUUAAACAUUAUUUGAUGAUAAAUGCUUUUUUAACUUAUUCGUUAUUAAUAGAACUACAUCAUUAAAAAUUCUUAGAUUAGUUUUUUCUAAAGGAAUGAGGACCUUGUAUUGUUUUUUCAAUUAUCUAAGAAAGGUGGCAAAUGCUAGUUAACAUAAUUUGUUAUAACUAUGGAAAAUCAAAGUCACCAAGGUGAAAUUUAUCAAAGCCAUCAAUCUUUUUGGAAGAAAAAUACCCGUGCUGUUCCAGGCAGACCAAGUCCCAAACAAGAUGGCAAACUUGGUAAAAUAAGUACUGCUACAUUAAUGUCUGGUAGUUCAGCUAAUAUAAUAUCUACUGGUGGAACAAUAUCGGGAAGUAGUGGAGGAUCCACAUCGUUUCAAGAUUUUCAAGAAAGCGUAGAUGAUGCUUGGGAUUCUGGAGAUGAUGAAUUUUGCACUGUCUCAGAUGUAAAAAUAUCAAAACGAGUUAGCCAUUCUGCUGCUAUUAGCGUUAUUAAUAGUCAUAGAUCAAGAAAAAUGUGUAUAGAUUCGGGGACAAAUGUAAAACCUUCGCAACGCGUUCAAGAAAUUAUUCCUGAGGAAAAACGAGCAGAAGCUCUUCAAAGAUUAGCCGUACAACCGUUACAUUUGCGAAAUGUUAAUUUAUCUACGCAUUCUCAAAUGAAUAAUAGUCAACAUUCCUCAGAAGAUACAGAUAUUAAAUACGGUGCUUCCCCGCAACAUAAACCGACGCAAUUUCCAGGCAGGCCGCAACCGUUGAGACAAACAAUCGCACCUACCAAAUUUUUUAUACCUUCUAAAGAACAAGAUGGGGAAAGUAAAAUAGAUAAAUUUCAGUCUCUUCUGGAAGCUUCUGUAUUAAACUUAGACGAAUUGAGACAAUUAUCGUGGUCUGGAAUACCUGCAAGGUUGCGAUCUGUUACAUGGAGGUUAUUGUCUGAAUAUUUACCAGCUAAUUUAGAGAGAAGACAACACGUGUUAGAACGUAAACGUUUAGAUUAUUGGAAUUUAGUGAAACAAUAUUAUGAUACUGAACGAGAUGAAGGAUUCCAGGAUACAUAUCGUCAAAUACACAUUGACAUUCCAAGAAUGUCACCACUUAUUUCAUUGUUUCAACAAACAACGGUACAAUUAAUCUUUGAAAGAAUACUCUAUAUUUGGGCAAUUCGACAUCCCGCUUCUGGUUAUGUUCAAGGAAUGAAUGAUCUAGUGACACCUUUCUUUCUUGUAUUUUUACAAGAAGCAGUACCUGUAUCAGCAUGGCAGGAUUUAGAAAAUUAUGAUGUUGCAUCAUUAAAAAAAGAACAACGGGAUAUCAUAGAAGCAGAUAGUUUUUGGUGUUUAUCUAAAUUUCUCGAUGGUAUUCAAGAUAAUUAUAUUUUUGCUCAAUUAGGCAUUCAGCACAAAGUAAAUCAGUUGAAAGAACUGAUACAAAGAAUCGAUGCGCCUUUGCAUCAACAUCUACAUCAACAUGGCGUAGAUUAUUUACAGUUUUCCUUUCGAUGGAUGAAUAAUUUAUUAACAAGAGAAAUCCCUCUUCAUUGUACAAUUCGUUUAUGGGAUACUUAUCUAGCGGAAUCCGACCGAUUUGCUUCGUUUCAACUUUACGUAUGUGCCGCGUUUCUUCUUCGUUGGAGACGUCAUCUUUUAUUGCAACCAGAUUUUCAAGGACUGAUGUUAAUGCUACAAAACCUGCCUACACAAAAUUGGACAGAUUCAGAAAUAGGAAUAUUAGUAGCGGAAGCGUACAAAUUAAAAUUCACGUUUGCAGAUGCUCCCAAUCAUUUGCAAGCUCAUGAUACCAGGUGACCAUUUUGCGAUGCGUUUAGAUAACGGUAUUAUAAUCGGGAUCAGAAACAUUGGCACAAAUGAUUUUGUGCUAAAUCGAUACGCCUAUUUUUACCAUCAUCGUUUAUAUCAUACAACUCGGUGGCUCAUAAUUAAUUUAGGUUGUUUUCUAUCUGAUUACAAGUUAUUAAUUUUUAAAUGCUUUAUCCUGUAGUUCAAAGAGAAAGUUCUAUGCUUACGUUAUGUUUUUAAAAAAUCAAAUGGUGUUUAUAAAUUUUAUUAUUAUUAUUAUUAUUAUUAUUAUUAUUAUUAUUAUUAUUAUUAUAUUAUAUUAUAUUAUAUUAUUAUUAUUUUAUUAUUAUUAUUUUAUUAUUAUUACUAUUAUUAUAAAUAUUAUUAUAGCAACUAUUUUUAAAGUAAUCGGAAUUAAGUUUUCCCGCCAUUUCUCAAUUAAUUAAAAAAUAUAUAUGCAAGCUGAAUUAUAAAAAAUGUAACGCGAAUCGAUCAUCACUCAUGAUUCGUAUUACAUUUGAGUAUAAUAUAUUUAGGAUUAUUGUGUACAUCAAUAACAUAAAUAAGCGAAAGGUUUUAUAAACCAGCUACAAUUAUACGAUUGUUAUUUUAUGUAGCGAUUACAAGUUUUCUUCUACUCGUAUAAAUUUUCAAUUUGUGUUCGCUCAACGAUGGAAUUGUGUUUUUAAUUUAAACGAAACGAAAGUAUGCAGAGUGUGGAAAUAUAUACAAUUUACAAUAUACAAAACACGUAUAAAUAGAAUAUAAGCUACAAUGAUAUUAUUUCUAUUUUUGUCAAUUUUCUUUUUUAAAUUUCAAGAUGUUUAUUAAAAGUAAAAGCGAUCAUUCAGAAUUUAGAAUCUCGUAUCAGAGAAGAUCUUGAAAUCUUUGCCAUGUUAUGCAUUGCCAUAAAGAUAAAGACGUAAUUGGAAAGACUAUUAAAUACCUUUAAAAUAUUUGUACGUUUAUUCUUAAUUAUUUUACGGCCAUCUUACGAAGUAACUAAAAAGUGAGAUAUAUUUAUCUUUUAUCGGUGAUCCAAUUGACGUACGAACGAGUAAUUUAACGCACGAUAAUUUAAUGAGUAUAAGUAUAUCAAAAAGACACAUUUGUCGGACAACAUAUAUGUUGGAAAUAACCAAUCGAAAGUUAUAUAAAGAGAAAGAAAAAUAAUGUCCGUUCUAUAAGAUAAGUUAUACUUUUAACCGAUAACCAAUGGAUUAUGAUUAUUUAUUCGAUCAUUAUAUUUUUAUCGAUUAAAUCUAAAAGAAUAAUGUUCUUUCGUUGUCCGAUUAUUAAUUAUUUAAUUGCAAACUUGUACACACCGAAGCGUGUAGCGUCGUUGAUUAAUAAAAAAACGAGACUGUCUUUUUCUUA